CAUUAGAGAUCGUUUUUUUAAAUUUUCAUCGCUAUGAAUAUUCGGCCGAAAAACAAUCCGCCAACAAUAUUUUGAUAAUAGCAAUAUUUUUUAGGUUAUUUCAUAACUCUUUUUAGUUCUGGUAGUACCAGAUCAACUGUUGCGCGUUGCGACAGUGUCUGUUUUAUUUUUGUAUAUUUUUAUUUUAUUUUAGAAGUAUUAUCAUAUUUUUGUUACUUAAUUUAUGAUGAUCUGUUAGUAUACCUCAACAUUAUUAUAUUGUGUUCGGUUUACGGUUAAGUGAAAUUCAUAAAAGAUGAAGAGCGCCAAAUUGAUGAUGUGUGGCGGUCGCCACCUCGCUUCCAGGGCGAUUCCAGCUGCACCCUUGGCCAGUACCACGGGAGGUGUGCGCGGGGCGGCGACGGAGGCCCGCGCGGUUGAGAAACAGCCACAGCAACAACGCGGCGCGCGCACCAGCGCCUCCUUCACGCUCAACCUCUUCCGAGGACACUUCGAGCCGGCGCAAGUGUUCCCCUUCCCGGAAGCGCUGUCUGAUGACCAACGCCAAAUGCUCCAAGAACUGGUGCCACCAGUAGAAAAGUUUUUCCAGGAGGUCAACGACCCUGAAAACGAUCAUGACGCACAAAUCGAGGAGGGCACGCUGGCGGGUCUGUGGGAGCUGGGCGCGUUCGGGCUACAAGUCCCCGCUGAGUUGGGAGGUCUCGGCCUCACCAACACGCAGUACGCACGCCUCGUGGAAGUGGUUGGUGCGCAUGACUUGGGCGUGGGCAUCACGCUUGGAGCUCACCAGUCCAUCGGGUUCAAGGGCAUCUUACUGUUCGGAACCCCGCAGCAGCGGUCCAAGUACCUUCCUCGCGUGACAGGAGGAGAAUAUGCGGCCUUCUGCCUCACAGAGCCGGCUUCCGGCUCAGAUGCUGGUUCAAUCAAGACGCGUGCGGUACUCCCGGACGGGAAGAACUUCAUUUUAAACGGAUCGAAAAUCUGGAUCAGUAAUGGUGGCAUUGCUGAAAUCAUGACUGUAUUCGCACAAACACCCAUCGAGAAAGACGGGAAGACUGUUGAUAAGGUAACAGCGUUCAUAGUGGAGCGUUCGUUCGGCGGCGUGUCGUCCGGCCCGCCCGAGAACAAGAUGGGCAUCAAGUGCUCCAACACGACCGAGGUGUACUUCGAGGACGUGCCCGUGCCCGUCGAGAACGUGCUCGGCGGCGUCGGCAACGGGUUCAAGGUGGCGAUGAACAUCCUGAACAACGGUCGUUUCGGCAUGGCGGCGGCGCUGGCGGGCACGCAGCGCGCGGCCCUGCGCCAGGCGGCCGAGCACGCCGCCACGCGCGUGCAGUUCGGCAAGCGGCUCGCUGAGUUCACCGGCGUGCAGGAGAAACUGGCGCGCAUGGCGAUGCUGCAGUACACCACUGAGACGCUCGCGUACAUGGUCAGUGGCAACAUGGACACUGGAGCACAGGACUAUCAUGUCGAGGCCGCUAUAUCCAAGGUGUUCGCGUCGGAUUCGGCGUGGACUGUGGUCGACGAGGCGAUUCAAAUCCUCGGCGGUAUGGGCUUCAUGAAGGCGACGGGACUUGAGCGCGUGCUUCGUGAUUUGCGAAUCUUCCGCAUAUUCGAGGGCACCAACGACAUCUUGCGGUUGUUCGUGGCGCUCACCGGCAUCCAAUUCGCCGGCUCGCACCUGCAGGAGCUACAGCGUGCUUUCAAGAACCCCACGGCUCACCUCGGGCUCAUCUUCAGCGAGGCGGGGCGGCGCGCGGCCGGCGCGGUCGGGCUCGCUCGUGGCGCCGACACGCGCGCCCUCGUACACGACGACCUGCGCGCCCCCGCCGCCGAGCUGGCGCGGCUCGUGAUGGAACAUGGCCGCACCGUCGAAGGACUGUUGCGUAAACACGGCCGUCGCGUGGUGGACUGCCAGCAGCCGCUCAACCGGCUCGCCGCAGCCGUUAUCGACACGUACACGACGGCGGCGGUGUUGUCGCGCGCCACCCGCGCCGCGCGACUCGGCCUGCCCUCGGCGGCGCAGGAGUUGCGGCUGGCGGCGGCGUGGGCGGACGACGCGCUGGGCCGCGUGCCGGCGCUGCUGGCCGCCACACGUGACACACGCGCGCAGGAGCAGUACGACCGACUCUCCAAAUUGGGUACCGAAGUAGCCGCGAAUGGUGGACAGCCCACACCCAACCCCCUCAACCUCUGAGUAGUCUAAUCCGCGAUAGUGUUAAGCUGAAAGAUAUUUAUAUGCCUUGUUAAGUUAUUACGUUAUAGAAUAUAUAAGAUUUAAACAA